AUGCAUGCAGUAGAAGAGACUGACCUUAGCGGCACGUUCUUUGUAGGCAUGGUUGGUCAUGAUGAUUCCACACUGGGGCAUACUCAGCAGACCAGCAUAGAGUCUAUGCUCCUCACUGGAUUCACCACAGCUGUGCCGGAUCACGGAGAGGAGUAUCUCUCACACCCGCAUUGUUUGGGGGCGUCGACUGUGAUGGGUCAUCCGGGAGAGAAUGCCACCAUUGGCUGUUCCUAUCCGGAGGGGCUUGAAGAGCAUGCCCAGCUCUUGAUCAGGCCGGACAUUAGAGAUGCACAGUCUCUGAAAGACAGAGUGGCCGUCUCUGAGGACAGAUCAUCCAGAGUUCUCAACGUGAACAUCAGUGACGUGAGAGAAGAUGAUGGAGGACUUUAUUACUGUGUGGCUGUGGCUGGAGGGACACUGCUCAGUUACGUGUUCUUCUCUAAGGAAAUUCAGCUACAGGUUAUUGGUUCCUCCAUCAUCAUCAUCACCAUCAUCAUCAUCAUCAUCAUCACCGUAUGUAUCUGUGCAGCUCUGUUGCUGAUUGGAGGAUCAACACUCAUUUUCUACAAACUGAGAUGCAAGAAAACGCAAAACUUCGCCGACGUCAGCAGACAACCAGAUACACAUUAUGUAGAUGAAGUAAGCAGAUGA